AUAGGCGCCAGGCCUUCACCUAGCAUCGUCACGGUAAUCAGACGGCGAACGCGAAUCAGAAUCUCGCGGAAUAUUUGUUAACAGCUUUGACACUCGGGACCGUUCGCACGGCGCGACGGUGCGCGAAGCUUGUUUCGAAGAUUGCGGCUCUAAACGUGUGUUUACCCGCAGCCGUGUGUGUUUACACCUUUACACUGUAUCGUGCAAGUGUUGUCUGACGAGGUAACACGAAAAGCGUCGCCGGUGGAACCGCAGGCACUCCGUGUCGGUGAGGCAACGCGUUCAGACGAAAAAUUUCAUUCGCUAUGGAUAAGUUGAGCUGCAUCGGCGUGUCGUUAGCGGCGAGGAUAAUCGGCACGUACACGAUGUCUCUAUCGAUUCUAAUGAUAAACUUGGUGAUGAGCAACUUCUUCUCGAGGAAAGGGGAUGAGGAGUUCUUUGAUUCCUGCAAGAUAUGGGCUGUGCUAGGACUGAAUUGGAUGCAGAUCUUGAGAAAUACGCAGCUGCAGAAGAAAGCGCAAACUGCUAUGACAUGCUUCCUUGUGUAUGCUCUGUUAUUUUUGUUAGCCAGCGCGUGUCUAGCUUUGGGAUCGAUGUCGAGAAGACACAAGUGCGCCGUGCCUUGGAUGUAUUUGCAAAUGAUUAGCAUAAUAGAUCAAUCCGUCGCGUUAUCUAUCCACCUUACACACAGCCAGCAACAGUAUGAUGUUUUGGAGAAAUCUAUGUGGUACGUUCCGGUGUCUAGCAUCUAUCUAAUUUUAAGCGUAUAUCUCUGGGUGAUUGUGCAAGCAGCUCGAAAACAAUGGUUCAAUGAGCAACAAGACCACGUGGACUACGUAACUACGAUAUCGAGUACUUUGUCGACACCCGUAAAUAGCUGCUCGAAGACACCAUCGUUCCUUUCGCAAAACUUCUCGAUGUUCGAGUCACCGCGACCACCGACAACUUUGUUAAAAUAGUAGGAAGCGCGUGAAGAACUGUGAAUUGUACAUUACGAAACAAUUCGGAUGAAUUCAUUAAUGGGGAAGUGUUGUGAACAUUUCACGAUUGAAAACGUUUGAAGAACAAUGUGGUGAAGUGGCGAAGAGCAUUUUCCUGAUGCUCCGCGAACGUUGAUUUGGCAUCGCGAUUUUCAAAAGACUUGUGCUAGAGAUAGUAUAUUUAUUUUCUACAUAUGAGACAAAACUUUUUCUUUUAUAAUGUAAAAUAAAGAUUACCGAUUGAUAAGCCAGCGGGCGUCUCGCCGACGUCACUGAUUUAUUCGCGAGCUAUGCGGUAUUGCGGGGAGCAUUUAGAUGUUAAGCCGGUAGGAUAUCCAUUGAUCUCCUUUGCUUAAUGGAAUAUACGCGAGCCACUAAACUUCGCCGCUGCGAAUCCCGAUUUCGAAGCGGGGGGAAAUGUAUAAUAAUGCAGAGAGUAACUCCAUAAAUCAGUCGGGAGAUGCGGCUAAUAGAGUGUAUCAAAUGCGCCCUCGGUGGAGCGUGCUUGCAUAGAAAAUAUGAGAAAUGGCCACGUUUUACGUCGAAAUACUUUUAAACUUCCUGGAUUCGAGUCGCACGCAAGCAUAUUCGCUAUACUGAAUCGUGCGUCUCUCCGGAUAGAGGCCGAUUUGUCCGAGAAUGGCCCCAACUUUUCGCAAUACUCCCGAGAAUAGUGAUCGAGAGCGUAACGGAUAAUAGAUAAAGGUUCUCUUGGUGCAAUUUAUUGCGGAUGUUUUGUCGUAUUUUGGAUUCGUGGACUCGCGUUUGCAAGAAAAUACGCUC